AUAUUUAAAUCUAUUUAUAAUGGAUGAAAACAGAUAGAUUUUUGGGCGAUAAUGAUGAUUUCUUUAGGCCAUGGAGACAUAUGGGGCAAAGUUUUGAGUAACUUGAGAGUGAAUUAUGGGUAAGUGACAUAAUAAUAAAACUGGCAAUGUUUUUAUAUAGAGAGAGCGUGACAUUAAGCACAUUGGGUCGGGCAUAGCUGAUAGCACAUAUAUAUAUCCAUAAAGUGUCACGCGUGAAUGCUCUCUCUUAUUCCAAUUUCAAAACCCAAUAAGCUAAGCUCUCUUUUCUCUGAAACCUUCUCUCUGAACUGUUGAAAAUCUAACUAUAUGAUGGUAGAGGUGAGAGUUCCAAACCUUGAUUGUGAAGGUUGUGCUUCAAAGUUGAAGAAAGCUCUCCUCAAGCUCAAAGGAGCUGAAGAAGUGGAAGUGGAAAUGGAAAUACAGAAAAUAACAGUGAGAGGCUAUGGAGUGGAGGAGAAGAAGGUUUUGAAAGCGAUAAAGAAGGCAGGGAAAGCAGUAGAAGCAUGGCCGUUUCCAGGGCAUUCUCAUUUUGCGUCGUUUUAUAAAUAUCCAAACUACAUUGUUAACCAUUACUACGACGCUUACAAAAAUGUGGCUACUAAUGGUGUUCACACUUUCUUCCACACUCCUGCGGUUUACUCCGUCGCUGUUGCUUCCGAUGAGGCUAUUGCUUCUCUUUUUAGCGACGACAAUCCACAUGCUUGCUCUAUUAUGUGAUCUAUUAGUUAUUAUAUUGCCUUCUGGGUUUCAAGUGUUGCAGAAGCUAAACUUGAGGAGGGAUUUGUGCUGAAUUGAUUUUGUAUUGAGAGUUUUCAUUUGAUUCAUGAUUAGUUUUUUGACUU